UGUGCUGCAGGUGCAUAAUGCGAGUUUGGAUGAUGGGAUGGAGGCGGUUCUAGAGGAUCUAGGCGGACCCAUGGCCUCAAUUCUGGCCAACAACUCCAUGUUAUCCAGAGGUCUGGUGCUGCGGAGCUCUAGUAACCAGAUCUCAGUGCAGUUCAGCAGUGAAUGGCCAGCUCAGCCUGGGUUAUUACUUUUGCAGUAUAGAGCAUUUGCUCUGAGUUGUGCAUCCCCGCUGGCCCCUGAAAAUGGUGAAGUAUCAGUCACUGGUCUUCAGGUGGGGGACGUGGCCUAUUUCUCCUGUCUGAUUGGCUAUCAGCUCCAGGGCCCCUCCUCUCUCACUUGCCGAAAUGCCACCACACUCUACUGGAGUGGCAGAGAGCCAAGUUGUCAAGUUUCUUGUGGGGGGAUGGUGAAAAAUGCCACUCAGGGUCGUAUCGUCUCUCCGGGGUUUCCAGGAAAUUACAGCAACAAUCUGACAUGUCACUGGGUACUGGAGGCCCCUGAGGGCCAUCGGCUCCAUAUUCACUUUGAGAAAGUGGCACUGGCUGAGGAUGAAAAUGAAGGGAACUGA